UCGAAAGUAAGAAGAAGUUCUUUUGACCACAAGAAGGUUCGGCCGAAAGCGAGCUCCGACAUUGUAAGGUUCUUGACAAAAGCUUCAGGAGAGAUAGGACGGCUUCCAGCCGACUGGGCCAAGUGUUUGAUACCUUUGGGAAGUGCAAAAUGGCACCAGAGGCUCUUUCUCUUAUGAGCAGCAUAGUUCUCCAUUUGAGAGUUUAUAUCAACAAGUCAGAAGCUUACGAGGAGGGGGAUGAGCGCGGAUUGAAGCUUCUGCAAGCUAUCUUGAAGCCGGUAAUGCUUCGAAGAACAAAAUAUUCAACUGAUAAAGAAGGAAGACCAAUUCUUGUUCUCCAACCGGCUCAAUGUGAAGUUAUUGAAUGCAAACUAUCUGAGCCUGAACGUGAUUUUUAUGAUGCCCUUUACCACAGAUCUAAGGUAAAAUUCGAUCAGUUCGUUGAACAAGGCAAGUUCUUCGUUGAAAAAGCUGGCUAGAUUUUUCUUGGACAAGAAUUCCUCCCAGGUGCCUUCGACGGCGUAUGUCAAAGAGGUGGUGGAUGAUAUUCGUAAAGGAGAAAGUGCUGAGUGCCCAAUUUGUUUGGAGAUGCCAGAGGACGCA